CGAGGUGCUGGCGAGGAUGGUCCACGUGCCCAUCGUCUACACGCAGUUCAAUAUCUCGCGGCCCGGCUCGGCUGUUAUAUUGAGAUCAUGGCCAACGGAACUUCUGCUGAUCGCUCGGUCCUCCUGCUGGACCACGAGAGAGUGCCUACUCCUGCUGGCUACGAGAUGCUCAUUCCUCUGUCCAGCAUCCCCACCAACGAGAAUGAUAUCAAGGACCUCUUCCUCAAUUCGAGUGACAUUCAGAAUCGCACCGGCCGUUUCUUCCUGGGUUUAGCGUCGGUGUUGGGGAACGUUGCCAUGGAAACGGCCUUGAAGAACAUAACCAAAGAUCAUUUAGACUGGGAGCCAGACGUAAGCUACAGCCUGCGCGUGUUCACCUCCGGCUGCUACUACUUCGACGAGGCCCUUGACGAAUGGUCCAACAGGGGCCUUGAGGUUGUGUCCACGAGCUACGUGAUGACCCAGUGUCGAGCGUCUCACCUCACGUCCUUUGCGAGCGGCUUCUUCCCCUCGCCCAAUUUAAUCAACUUCGAGUACAUCUUCGCCAAUGCUGGCUUUACCGAUAACAUGUCCAUUUACAUGACUCUCAUCUUCACUCUGGUCGGGUUCCUGGUGCUUCUCGUCUGGGCAAGGUUUAAGGACCGAGAGGAUUUGAAGGAGCUGGGCGUGACUCCGCUGCCAGACAACAAAGUGGACGACCGCUAUCUGUACGAGAUCGUGGUCUUCACAGGCAGCGACAAGGAGGCCACGUGUCGCUCCAACGUUCAGAUGGUGCUGUCCGGCGAGUGUGGCGAGACGGAAGUGCGAAAACUGGCAGAUUCCGAGCGUCCAGUAUUUUGCAGGAAUGGCAUCGAUUCCUUCGUGAUGGCUGUGCCGAGACCGCUGGGGAAACCUCAGUACCUGCGCGUGUGGCACGACAACUCCGGCAAAGGAUGCUACUCCUCGUGGCAACUGAGAACGCCAGCACCAUCCCAGCGAGGACGACGGCUAAAAGCGUAUGCCGAGCGAUCAGAGGAACAAGGAUUACCUACCCACGUCCCCAACGCUAGGGACUCCCGACCAACUCUUGAAAGCUACGGCUCAGUUGACCAGGGGUCACGGCGCUGA